CCUCUUAUCCUCUGUCAAGAAGACGAACUAAUCCAAAAAUGGCGAAUUUACUGGAAACAUCAAUCUUCUUCUCCUCGGCGGAUAAGUUACUGUAUUACCCUCCCAGUAAUCCACAAACCCUUCUUCUCCCUUCCUCUGCUUUCAUCAAUGGAGGAAGAAGCAGACGCAAAACCUCAAGAAGUAUCACCUUUGCUACUGACACUGUCAGCACCACAACAAGUACGGAAGUGAAAAAGUGUGUUGUUGAGGAUCCGAUGGAAGUUGAGGUUGCUGAAGGCUACACUAUGGCUCAGUUCUGUGACAAAAUCAUUGAUCUUUUCUUGUACGAGAAACCUAAAGUUAAAGAGUGGAAGAAGUAUUUGGUUUUAAGAGAUGAAUGGAACAAGUACAGUGUCAACUUCUAUAGGCGUUGCAGAACACGCGCUGAUACUGAAACUGAUCCCUUGUUGAAGCAGAAACUUGUUUCUCUGAUGAGUAAAGUCAAGAAGAUAGAUGAGGAAAUGGAGAAGCACAAUGACCUUCUGAAGGAGAUUCAAGAGAAUCCAACAGACAUAAACGCAAUUGCUGCCAAGAGACGCAGAGACUUCACUGGAGAGUUUUUCCGCUAUGUUGCUUUGUUAUCAGAAACUCUUGAUGGCUUAGAAGACAGAGAUGCUGUUGCGAGGCUUUCUGCUAGAUGUUUAUCUGCAGUGAGUGCUUAUGACAACACACUGGAUAAUGUUGAGACUUUAGAUGCUGCUCAAGCAAAGUUUGAUGAUAUCUUAAACUCUUCUUCCGUGGAUGCUGCUUGUGACAAGAUCAGAAGCCUUGCUAAGGCCAAGGAGCUAGAUUCCUCAUUGAUCUUAUUGAUAAACUCUGCUUAUGCUGCUGCUAAAGAGUCUCAGUCCGUUACAAACGAGGCCAAAGACAUAAUGUGUCAUCUAUACAAAGCUACAAAGAGCAGUCUUAGAAGCAUCACGCCGAAAGAGAUCAAACUUUUAAAGUACUUGCUCAACAUAACAGACCCGGAAGAACGAUUCUCUGCUCUAGCAACAGCAUUCUCUCCUGGGGAUGACCAUGAAGCUAAGGACCCUAAAGCAUUAUACACGACGCCUAAGGAGCUGCAUAAGUGGAUAAAGAUAAUGCUUGAUGCUUACCAUCUCAACAAGGAAGAGACUGACAUUAGAGAAGCUAAACAGAUGAGCCAACCUAUCGUUAUCCAGCGGCUAUUCGUCCUCAAAGACACGAUUGAAGAGGAGUAUUUGGACAAGAAAACGUUUGUGGCUGAUGGUAAUCCCAAGAAGGCAGAAGAAGAACAAGAUACUACUUCUGUUGAUGAAUUUUUGAACUGAAAGGGCCUUUUUUUCUCUUUUUACAAGGGGGAGAGUAAUUUUGUAGAAUAUGCAGCGAUAUUGGAAUUUACGAAUGAAUAUGGACUCCCUUUGCAAACUAAUAUUUUGGAUGGGCCAUCAUGUUAAUAAGCCCAUGUAAGGCCCAUAUUAGUUGUAGAGAAGUCACUUUGUUUGGUUUAUCCAUGCUAUCAUCUUUGACCGGUUAACUGGAUUGAAUAUGG